AUGAUGAGGGGCGCACUCCUGUCUUCCUCGAUCCCUCUUUUUAAGGAAAAGAAAAAAAAUCCAUCUUUGCAGAUUCAAUCCAAAAAAAAUCCUUUCUCUAAGAUUCUCCCUGUCUCUCCUCCAAAUUUUUAUUUUAAAAACCCCUUCUUUCUUGGCGCGAAAGCAAGACAUGAAAGUUGAUGGCAGUAGUGAUUUAGUAGGAGAGAGUGGGACUGUAAUUGAGGGGUUGUCGGAAUAUUAUAGAUAUAGUCCGCCGGCUAAGGUGGCGAUCGGAGAGGAGAGGGAGAGGGAGAGGGAGAGGGAGGGGGAGGAAGAGCUGUUUGUGCCACCGUUGAAUUUUGCGAUGGUGGAUAAUGGAAUAUUCAGGUCGGGUUUCCCUGAUAUUGCUAACUUCACCUUCUUGCAGUCUCUAAGUCUUCGUUCCAUUCUAUAUUUGUGCCCUGAACCAUAUCCAGAAGCAAAUAGUGAUUUUUUGAAGGAUAAUGGAGUUCAGCUUUUUCAGUUUGGCAUGGAGAUGUGCAAGGAGCCUUUUGUAAACAUCCCAGAGGAAACAAUCCGUGAAGCAUUGAAAGUACUCCUUGAUGUAAGGAAUCACCCCAUUUUAAUCCACUGCAAGCGAGGAAAGCACCGAACUGGAUGUCUGGUGGGAUGUUUGAGAAAAUUGCAAAGAUGGUGCCUAUCAUCUAUAUUUGAUGAGUACCAGAGGUUUGCAGCAGCCAAAGCUAGAGUAUCAGAUCAGAGGUUUAUGGAGCUGUUUGACAUUUCAAGCUUGAAGAAUUUUCCUUUGUCCUUUCCUUGUUCAAGCAGAUAAGUGAAUGUACAAGCCUAGUGAAAGAAACUCAAACACUGCCUGAAAGAGAUUGGAGAGUCCAGAAAUGGAGACAAGUUUAGUGGGGUAUAGAAGUUAGAGGGAACUAGUAUUCCUAUUGCUCUUAUUCUUCUUCGUUCUUUUAACACCCUAUUUUGAGUGGACCAGCGGGCACAUCGGCAGGAGUUAUAAAACUCUGUUUCCCUGUUUUUCAUCAAUAAUUAUCACAAACAUGUGAUGCCCUUCGUGUUUUCUGGGCAUUUAUCCUCUGGCAUCAACAUGGUUCUUCUGUUGUUUAAGAAUAUAAAGGUCAAGAUGUCUUGUUCUGUACUUGAUGCAAAUGUCAACCAAGUUGAACUUGCAAUCCACUUUUUUUCAUAUA